AUGGAGACACUGGAAGACUCUGAACUUUGCUUUCCACAUCUCCUUAACGCCUCCUGCAGGAAACAAGCUCGUCCUCACUUUGAGGCAAUGCUCAUUUAUGUUCUACUGUCCUGCAUCUCUCUGCUCACUGCGAGUCUCAACCUGCUGGUCAUCGUCUCCAUCUCCCACUUCAGGCAGCUCCACACUUCCACCAACCUCCUCCUCCUCUCUCUGGCUGUCUCUGAUUUCCUUGUUGGUCUCAUCGUGAUGCCGUUUCAGAUUCUAUUGAUAGAGCCCUGCUGGUUUCUAGGUGACUUGGUGUGCACUUUAUAUUUUUUUGUACCAUAUAUCACUAUUUCUGCCUCAGUAGUAAACAUGGUGCUGAUCUCAGUCGACCGUUAUGUGGCCAUUUGUGACCCUUUCAGCUACGCCACCACAUUUUCUCAAAAAGCAGUUAAGCUCUGUAUCCUGCUGUGUUGGCUUUAUUGUGUUAUGUACAGUUUCAUGAUUUUAAGUGACAAUCUAAACCAACCAGGCAGGUUCAACUCCUGUUAUGGUGAAUGUGUGAUUGUUUUAAACGGUGUGCUAGACCUUGUGUUAGGCUUCAUCAUUCCCAUCUCAGCCAUCAUCAUCCUGUAUGUGAGAGUGUUUGCAGUGGCUGUGUCUCAGGCUCGUUCCAUGCGCUCCCACGUUGCAGCUGUUAAACUGCAGCGUUCACUGACUGUGACUGUCAGGAAAUCAGAGAUUAAGGCAGCAAAGACUCUUGGUGUGACUGUUGUUGUGUUCCUCAUGUGUUACUGUCCUCCAUACUGUGUGUCUAUCUCUGGAUACAACCUUACGAUCGGUACUUCACUCAAUGAUUUCCUGAUUUUUCUGCUUUUGUCCAACUCUUGUCUGAACCCUUUGAUUUAUACUUUUCUCUACCCCUGGUUUAGAAAAUCUGUGAAACUCAUAGUAACUUUACAGAUACUGCAGCCUAGGUCCAGAGAUACCUGUGUAAAGUAG